UGCAAUUUCUAGGACGGAUGAUUGGUUCAAUUGAUUUUUAUUCAAAUUAUGGCGUAAUGGUUUUUAUCCGAGAUGAUUAAAAAAAUCGGCGUUUUUAAUUGACACAAAGGGUUUAGUCUGCGGUCCGCCUCAUCGAUGUUAAUCAAUAAUUAACUGUGAUUAGGUGCGACCUUGAAAAAAUGCACAAGACAUUCCUCCUUGUAGUUUUGAUCGGCCUUUGAUUUUUCGCCCAUUGUCGAAUGCAUUCAGUGACAUAAUUCCUGUCCAUCGCCAUAUUUCUCCUACUUGUUAACAAACUUUCAUUUUGUUGCUGCUGAAGCAGUCCGUUCAUUGAAUGCUAUCCCUUGAUCGGCCAAAGUCAUUAACCCACAUUUCAAACAACCCGUCAUAGUUUUAACGACGUGUCAGCAACACACACCAUGUGUGUCGCAUUUGGUGUACAUAACGUCACGAAAAAACCUUCCUGUCGCUUAAAUUAAUCCAUUUCAAUCGACAUCCGAUGAACGCAUUCGAAAACCUGACGAUCUAACGGUGAGGCAAGUUACCUUGGCACAAAGCAGUCUUCUUUCUAUCUCCGCCAUGUUUAUUUGAAGAGAGUUUUGUGAGGUGCAACCACCUGUUACCAGGGGUUAAAAUGCAGUUUGAUAUGUUGGUCAACGUGUUCCGGAGUGCCACUGGUGCACAGUCCAGUCCGAUAAUGCCAGGUGGUGCUACUCCAGGCACCCCUUCAACCAAGCAAAAGGAAAAGGCAAUGGGACGGACUAAAGUCGUUGUGGCACUUUAUAAUUACAAAGCGAUCGAAAGUGGGGAUCUCUCCUUGGAGAAAAAUCAGGAAUACGAAGUUAUCGAUGAUUCGCAAGAGCAUUGGUGGAAAGUUAAAGAUUCGAAAGGAAAUAUCGGAUUCAUUCCGAGUAAUUACGUCAAAGAGAAAGAAUUACUAGGAUUACAACAAUACGAAUGGUAUGUUAAUGAUAUGUCACGACAAAGAUCCGAAUCUCUGCUGAAACAAGAAGAUAAGGAAGGUUGUUUUGUUGUGAGAAACUCCUCAACGAAAGGUCUCUACACUUUGUCUCUAUACACCAAAAUACCUCACCCCCAUGUUAAACACUACCACAUCAAGCAGAACUCUCGUGGCGAAUUCUACUUAUCGGAAAAGCACUGUUGUAAUUCAAUCCCUGACCUUAUCAACUACCACAAACAUAACAGUGGUGGUUUGGCUUCACGAUUAAAAACUAGUCCUUGUGAUAGGCCAGCGCCCGCAACGGCUGGACUUAGCCACGACAAGUGGGAAAUUGAUCAUAACGAAUUGAUGCUAUUGGAGGAAUUGGGUAGCGGACAGUUUGGAGUAGUCAGAAGGGGUAAAUGGAGGGGUUCGAUCGAUGUCGCUGUGAAAAUGAUGAAAGAGGGGACGAUGUCUGAGGAUGAUUUCAUUGAGGAAGCAAAAGUCAUGACGAAACUGCAACAUACGAAUUUGGUGCAGUUGUACGGGGUGUGUAGCAAGAAUCGGCCCAUUUUCAUCGUGACUGAAUACAUGAGGUAUGGUUCAUUGUUGAAUCAUUUACGACGACACGAGCAAUCAUUAUCGAUUAAUCAAGGCUUGUUACUUGAUAUGUGUAUUCAAAUUUGUAAAGGAAUGGCCUACUUGGAGCGACACAAUUACAUACAUCGUGACUUGGCCGCUCGUAAUUGUCUAGUAGGUACUGAAAAUAUCGUAAAAGUGGCCGAUUUUGGGCUGGCUAGGUACGUUUUGGACGAUCAAUAUACAUCAUCAGGAGGGUCGAAAUUCCCGAUCAAGUGGGCACCGCCUGAAGUAUUAAAUUAUACGAGGUUUUCCUCCAAAUCGGACGUUUGGGCUUACGGUGUGUUAAUGUGGGAGGUGUUCACGUGCGGGAAAAUGCCCUACGGUAGAUUAAAAAAUUCCGAAGUUGUGGAGCGUGUCCAGAAAGGCCUAAUUUUGGAAAAGCCGAAAGCGUGCUACAAGGAGGUCUACGAUAUAAUGAGGAAAUGUUGGAGUCAUUUACCGGAAAACCGGCCGUCUUUCCGCGUUUUAAAGGAGCAAUUGGUCAGCGCAUCGCAAGGUAUUCUGGUCGAUUGACUGGCGCAAUUGGUUUGCGAGUCGGUGUCAAAGAGCUCAACUUCGACGUCUUCAUGUGAUCUUUGUUGCAAUUACGAACAAACCUGGAUCGGAAUCUGCGAGACUCUCAGACGAGAGGCGCGCAAAGCCAAACAAUAAAGACUCUCUUAGCUUUUUAUAUCGAAAAAAAAAUUGAGACGAAAAGCUGGUUAUUUAUUUAGUCCUUUUAAUCGUGCUUUAAAGAGUCGGCGGGAUUAUGUUAGGUUUUGUGAUAUUCGUUUUAGUUUAGUGACGAUAGAGAGCGUAUAUAACCUUGAUAAGCCAGUCGUUUGUGAUCUGUAGGAAUACCAAGUUUAUGUAUUUAAUCAAAGUAUUGUUGCAUUUAUUAUAAGACUUUAUUGUGUAAAACGCGUUACUCGACGCACAAUGAAUUGGCAUUUGACUGUUAGUUACUUAAAGAAAUCUAUGGUAAUUGUGAUAGAUUGGGCUAGACAAUUAAACAAUCAUUUCCGUUACUUUUUAUUCCAAAAGAAAAACACGAAACGCCUGUACGACUAGGAUUUGUAUCAAUUUUUUUAUACAAUUUUUUACCUACUACCGACUAUAUCCAUGAUAUAACUGUGUUCAGUUUGUAAUGCUGUGUAUUUUAGUAAAUAAAUCAUAUUAAUUUAAAAAA